UCUCCGAGAUCCGACUGUUCAGUUCAGCACAGAGCAGACAGUCGGCGUGUAGCUGCCAGAUAGACUGCUGCGUUACAGUGGGAUAAAGUCAUAUUGUUUAAUAUGACUUCCAUUGCUUUCUGGAACGUAUUUGAAUCCGGAAUGGACGAUAAAGUGACAAUAUAAUUUCUGGUUAGUUGUCAGGGAGUUUCUGGAAUUUUCUUUCAGUUUCUUACUUGUCAAUUGUUAAUUAUUUGAGAGUAUUUGUUUGGGAUGACAUACUGUUUACCGACCGUCUGAUGGAGAUAAAACUGUUAGGCUAUAAUAACAAAUCAAAGGUUUGUGAAUUCGGGCUAAAGCCUACAGGCACAGCGUGCGAUUAGUUUGUGGCAAAUAGAAGUUAUGGUUUUAUAAUGUAAUGACAAUAUUCUAAUAUUAUUUUAAAAUGUGUUAUUUUAGAAAUAUGUUUUGAAUGAAGAAUUUGAACAGGGAUUGCCCAUCUCCGAAUGACGGGAUUUGUGCGCAUUUUGAGUUGCAGUCAUUCAAGAAAAUUGGUUGGCUCGUCAUCGCCUUGAGUGACUUUGCCUGGUUUUUGUUUUGAGCUCUCCCAGAAAUGGUGGGGCACCUACAUUUACAAGCUAUGGAUGACAGUCUGGAAGGAAAGAAUCGGGAGGGACUGCUUGACAGUCCGGAUUCGGGACUCCCUCCGAGUCCAAGUCCGCCCUUCUAUUCGCUGUCCCCCGUUCUGCUCGAAUCGCGCUCCGGGAGUUGUACGACGCCAGUCGAGAACCACGGAUACUAUAAAAAGGAAAGCAAAGAAGGCAAACUGCUGCCGUACCUUCUCCUGAACUCAACGGGGACGGACCUGAAGGCACGCAUGUACCCUGUGUUCUUUGGGGAGAGCAUCGAGGUCAACCCAAAACCUGAAACAGAGAUCAAGUGUAACUCUGAGGUGAAGUACGACUCAGACAAGCACUACCGGGACCAGGUGUACUGCGCUCCUGUUCCAACGGUGACGUCCUACAGCGAGACGGUCGUUGCCAUGCAGAACUGCACCUGGAGGAGUUACAAGUCACAGGUAUACCUAGAGCCGCGCCAGAGGCCCCUGCACUACCAGAGCACCACCAUUGUGUACCCCAAACACGCCAAGAACACUUACCGCACCACGCUCAACUACAACGCUACGGGCUCCCAGCGGUGGUUUGUCUCCACCGUCCAGCUGGAGUCCAGUGAGGACAGCAGCCCCUGCAUCAUCUAUACAGAGGACCUCUAAACCUGAUGCCUGCCUGGCUAAUCCUACUGUUAUGGAAUGGACACACACACACACACACACACACACACACACACACACACACAC